AGAUGGGAUGUUCCAGAUUGAAGUUGACAGGCUACUCAAGCCUGGAGGUUACUUUGUUUUAACCUCACCUACAAGCAGUCGACAUGGAAGUUCGCGAAGCUUGUUGACCCCAAUUGAAGAAUUCACCCAUAAGCUUUGUUGGAGUCUUUUGGCUCAGCAAGAAGAGACUUUUAUCUGGCAGAAGACGGUGGAUGCUGAAUGCUAUAUAUCGAGCAAGCUGGGUGCUAUACCUCCUUGUAAAGAUGGAGAGGAUGUGCAAUCCUAUUAUCAGCCACUCACACCUUGUAUAAGUGGAUCCACUAGCAAACGUUGGAUUCCCAUUCAAAACAGGUCUUCUGGUUCCCUGAGCUCAGCAGAGCUUCAAAAUCAUGGAAAGUAUUGUUUUAAUGCAAUCUUUUGCAUUGGGGUUGAUCCUGAAGAUUUUUUUGAAGACUUGCAGUUUUGGAGGUCAGCUGUAAGCAACUAUUGGUCUUUGCUUACACCCUUGAUUUUCUCUGACCAUCCAAAGAGGCCAGGCGAUGAAGAUCCUUUACCUCCGUAUAACAUGAUACGGAAUGUGAUGGACAUGAACGCUCAUUAUGGGGGUUUCAAUGCUGCAUUACUGGAAGCAAGAAAAUCAGUGUGGGUGAUGAAUGUUGUGCCCUUGGGGGUGCGAAAUACUCUUCCUCUCAUACUUGAUCAAGGUUUUGCGGGUGUUUUGCAUAGCUGGUGUGAACCCUUCCCUACAUACCCCCGGACAUAUGACAUGCUUCAUGCAAAUGGGGCCCUUACACACCUUACUUCAGAGGGAUGUAGUAUCACAGACUUUCUUUUUGAGAUAGAUCGUAUUUUACGCCCUGAGGGAUGGGUUAUUCUUUCUGAUAAACUGGGGCCUAUAGAAAAGGCACGCAUGCUUGCUACACAGAUCCGUUGGGAAGCAAGGGUGAUUGAUCUUGAGAAUGGCAGCGAUCAGCGGCUACUCAUUUGCCAGAAGCCAUUUGUGAGAAAAUGAAUGAUUCAGCAAUGAGAGGUUUCUUCCUUCCUAGGACGGUCCAAUUUUUUCUAACUCUGGGCACAAGUUAUGGGACAAAGUCUUCCUUUCAUUCUUGGCUAGCUGUUAUGGCAGAUCUAAUAAUGCUCAACAUAGUAACCGGAAUUGUUAAGCUGUAGAUUAGAGGAAGGCUUGCUGCAGAAGUAGGG